AUGGCCACGCAAGGCUGGCCCUUUUCGCUUUUGCGUAGAGCAAGAGUGGACGGCUUGCUCAAGAGAGCUUUGAGCAGCGCCAGUGCCGCAGUCGUGGCCGGGCCCGAAGCACUCGCCUUCAGCCUUCAGCACCCUUCCCCACGUCCCAGGAACCAGCGGGCGGCACGGUUCAAGGAUCUCCACGGCCAGUACUCUCGAGCAUUACUCGAGUUCGAACGUGUGGACCCUGAGCCCAACAGUAUCGAGGAAAAGGUCUUCACAACAGAGCUGAGCCGUAUCUCGAAAGAAAUGGCAGCCUCACCAGCGGAUGACCAGGCCUCAGAGAUGAUGACUCAAUGUGCUUUGUUCACAGCCCGCCAGUUGUUCAGCACGUGGAAGGCUUUCGAUAAGAUUCCUGUAGGAGAAGGGGCCGAAAUGUCACUUAGUGAACUGGCCGCGCUAGUGGACGCCGACGAGGCACUUGUCAGGAGACUUGCUGGAGUGCUCGUCUCCCAUGGGGUGCUUGCGCAGACCAGUACGCACUCAGUUGCCCACACUGCAAAGUCUUUGGAGUUGAGAGAGGGAGAGUCCGUCGGGAAGCGGUGCCAGCUUUUCUGGGAGGUUUGCAUGGUGCCGUUUGCACAGGAACCUCGCUUCUUCCAGACAUAUGGACGCAAGGAACCUCAGACCAUGAACCAUGUUCCCAGCACUUUUGCGUACGGCAUGCCGGAAGAUACCUACUACAGUAUCCUGGAGAAGGACCCGGAGCGCAUGGAGCGCUUCGGCCGCCAGAUGCGGGCGAUGGAGAUCAACAUGCCGAGUGCCGGGAUCUACGACUUUAGCUGGCUGGCAGAGCGUGUGAAGCAGGAGAGCCCCGAAACCCCAUUGUCGGCAGGCUUCCCAGCGAGCGGCCAGAGAGCGGUCUUUGUCGACGUGGGCGGCGGCAUGGGCCAGGCCAGCAAGGCCAUAAUGGUAGAGAACCCGGACCUGCAGCCCUCGCGCUUCGUCCUUCAGGACCGCGCCGGGGUGGUCGGCAAGGUCAAGGCCAUGGACGACCCGGGGUUGCGAGACGUGUCCAAGAUGGUCAUUGAUUUUCACAACGAGCAGCCCAUCAAAGGUGCCUACGUCUACUUCAUCCGGCGCUGCCUUUUCAACUUCCCUGACGGCAUAGCACGCAACAUGCUGCGCGUCAUUGCCUCGAGCAUGUGCCCCCGGGAAAGCAGGCUCCUGAUCCAGGAGGACGUCAUGGAAGACCCGCCCAGCGUCCGCAUGUCGGCAAUGGACAUGAUCAUGCUCUCCCUAGGCGGCAAGCAGCGCAGCCUAGACAAGUGGCGGCAGCUCGCAAGCGAGGCCGGCCUACGGGUGGUCGGCGUCCACCGGGAUCGCAGCGGCCGGUCCGAGAGCCUGUGCGUCAUCGAGUGUGUCCUGGAUUCGGGCGAGGGCCGCGCGGUCUUCGCUGAUACAGCCGCCGCCGCUUCUUCUUCUUCUGCCGCUCCUCCAUCUCCGACGUCGUCCACGGCUGACGCCUGGUCUCCCGUGUCAGCCUCCUCGGCAGGCUCGGACAAUUCUGCUUUCUCAGCUGCCCCGUCCAUGGCUUCUACCGCAGCGACGUCUAUACCUACGUCUUCACCAUCAUCACCGUCUUCGUCCUCGUCACCAACAGCCUUCACGGCAUCACGAACUAUCGCUCCCACCAAGCCAUCUCCACCUUCGCCCUCGCCAGACUCCGUGGUCCGAUCCUCCCUAUCAAUGCCGAUGGCAUCUCGCCUCUCGCCAAUGCUCAAAAACAUGACACGGAGAAUGCGCGGCUGGGCGUGGCAAGGCUAAGCGAGAAAGAAAGAGAAGACAUGCACUUGUUUUUCGUUUCUUUUCAUUUCUUUUUUCUUUUCCCGUGUAUAUAUCAUCUUUGCAGCUCUCCUUGACUUUAACUUAGUACCGCGGUC